AUGGAUACAAAUACUCGAUGGCAUUUCAAUCCAUUCGAUCAAAAACAACCGUUAAGACAAGAAGAAAAUUCACAACAGAAGAUUUCAUCACGAAGUCAAAGUUUAAAUGAACUACGAGAACAACGGCGUCAACCGAAUUCCUUCAUUGGUCGACCACAUUCAAGUCGUGUAUGCAAAGAUGUUCGAUAUCCGAUCGUACACAAGCUUCGUAUCGACGAACUCUUUGAUUUUCGACAUGAAGAAAGGCCAAAUAUUGAUUUGCUUGUGCACCAUCUGAAAAAUGAAGGUCGUCUUGCUGAACCAACUUGGCGUCAUCUUCUUUCUCAAGCAAAGGCAUAUUUUCGUCAAGAACCUAAUUUAAUUCGUAUUCCACGUGACUGUACUAUUGUCGGAGAUAUUCACGGACAAUUUUAUGAUCUCUUAUCUAUAUUCGAGUUGGGUGGUCCGGUGGGCCAACAAACAUACGUAUUUCUUGGAGAUUAUGUUGAUCGUGGUUCUUUCUCUUGUGAAUGUCUUUUUCUUCUUCUAGCACUUAAAAUAUCGUAUCCGCGAUUAUUCAUUCUUUUGCGUGGCAACCAUGAAGCACGUCAAAUGACACAAGUUUUUACAUACAAAAAAGAAUGUCAAGUUAAAUAUUCUCUAGAUCUAUGGUACGAGUCCAUGUCAUUAUUUGAUUGUUUACCGAUCUGUGCACUAAUUGAUGAUCGAUUUUUAUGCAUGCAUGCUGGAAUUUCACCCCAUCUGAAAUCUAUUCAAGAUAUAGUAAGAUUAAAUCGUUUUCAAGAAAUUCCAUCUGAAGGUCCAUUAUGCGAUUUGAUGUGGUCUGAUCCACAUAGACCAUUCAAUGCUCGACAAACACCACCAUGGAUAUUUAAUAAUGCUCGAAAUUGUUCUUUCUUUUUCAACUAUAAAGUAUGUGAAAAUUUUCUUAUCGAUAAUCGUCUCUUAGCUAUUAUUCGUGCUCAUGAAGUUGUACCCAAUGGUCUACAUAUCUACGAUCGUGGAUCACUUUCAGACUUUCCCGUUUUGAUUAGUCUUUUUUCAGCACCCAAUUAUUGUGAUGUGUAUAAUAACACUGCAGCAUUAAUUGUCUACGAUGGUCAACGAAAUUUGCGUCCCGUUUAUUUUCGUCAUCGCCCGCACCCAUUUGUUUUACCGAAUCAUGAAAAUGCUUUCGAAUUUGCUCAUCGAUUUAUGACAAAUUAUGUACGAGAAAUUAUUUUAGUAUUAAUUCAAAGUUACACAAAACUAGUAGAUCUUUCUCAAAAUCAGAAUUCACACGAUGACGUAACGAAGCGUUUGAAAGUCAGAGAAAAGCUGUUGACUGAACAUAUACAAAAAUGUCAAAAGGUGAAUACCCUAAAUAUUCAACUAGGCAAUUUGGCGCCACCAGAACAAUUUCAAGAGAAAGCAUUAGAUAAUAAGAAUAUUUUCGAAGAAGAAGUUCCUUUACUUAGCAAAGCGUUCGACAAUGAUCCAGAAGCGACAUUUGAUUCAGCAUCAAAAAUAGAUGCUCUAUAUGAACAACGUGUGUGUUGA